AUGACGUCAGAGGAACCACAACAGAGACAGGAACAGGAACGUCCCCAACUAACCCUCGGCAACGUGCUAGCCGACAUCUACUACGGCCUCUCGUCAUUGAUCACCCAUCCAGACGUCCGUCGAGUAAUCAUCCCCAUAAUCGUGUCCCUCAGCUCAGUCGUGGUCAAACUCAUAAUUGCAAAUGUAAACUACACCGAGAUUGACUUCCUGACAUAUAUGCAACAGAUUAGACUAGUCAAUGAAGGAGAAAUCGUGUACGAGGAAAUCUACGGCGAUACUGGUCCAUUGGUGUAUCCAGCCGGCCAUGUCCAAAUCUACCAAUGGAUAAACUGGUUGACCGAUGAUGGGAAAGAUAUCGCCACGGCCCAGAGCAUAUUCGGGUACUUGUUUGUGUUUACUUUGCUGAUCGUAUGUGCCAUUUACGAACUAUGUGGUGAUGUGCCUCCAUGGCCCAUGUACUUGUUAGUGUUGAGUAAACGAUUGUUUUCCAUCUACGUGUUGCGGUUGUUUAACGACUGUUGGACUACCGCGUGUAUGGUUGGGGUGAUUUUACUUCUUCAACUGGCUAGUAUGGCCCAUAACUUUAGCAAGACCAUAUGUUUCUUGUUGACGGUGAUUGCAAGUGAUUUGUUCAGUUUGGCCAUUUCAAUCAAAAUGAAUGCCUUGUUGUACCUCCCAGCAUUCUUGCUUGUCAGUUACUUUCUUGUGGAUGAAAAUUUAAUCAAAUUUGUCGUUGUCGUUGCUGUGAUACCGUUGAUUCAAGUGGCCACCGGAUGGAAAUUCCUCGUUCCGCUAUUCAACACUGAAGAAGCAAGUUAUAUAAGAUGGAGCUAUAUCAACCAGGCAUUCAACUUUAAACGUCAAUUCUUGUAUGAAUGGACCGUCAACUGGAGGUUUGUCCCCGAAGAAAUCUUUACCUCAGCCGUGUUUUCCCGAGUGCUUCUCGUGUUGCACAUAGCACUUCUCCUUUGGUUCACAUUCACUCGAUUCCUCAACUCGAGAAUAAUUGGCAAGUCUAUUGGUCAGUUAAUCAAGGAUGCCUUUAAACCGGUAUCUACUGUGUCGCCCACCAACAAACUCAUUAGUUCAACUACUGGUCCGCAAUUAAUCAUGGUAAUUAUGAGUAUAACCAACUUGAUUGGUGUGGUUUGUUCAAGAAGUUUACACUAUCAGUUCUUGUCAUGGUAUUGUUGGAAAUUGCCUUUCGUACUCUACAUUUCCGGUAUUCCAUGGUAUAUCAGCAUGCCAAUGUGGGCAGCCCACGAAUACGCAUGGAACGUUUUCCCCAGCUCGGUCGCCAGUUCAGCCAUUCUUGUAACCAUAUUGCUGACAGUUCUUGUUGGAUCGUGGCUCAACUAUAAUUCAUGGUUUAUUAAAGAAACUAAUACAACUAAAAAAAAUGUAUAG